AUGUUGUCCAACGUUGCCACCGAGUAUAAGCUCAAUUCCCCAGAGGAUUGGGACAAUUGGGAAAACGAACUUCUCAAUCAAGCAAGAGCCAACGAUCUUCUUCCUAUCCUCCAGGGAACUGAGAAACCAAUCAAGAAACCUGUGCAGCCCAAGGAACACGUCAGAACUCUGCUCAAUCGACCAAGCACUAUGAAUGAAGAUACAGUCGAUGGCUGCGCUGAGCAGAGAGCAAGAAAUGAUUUUAACCUAUGUCUCAACAACUACAAGAUGGAAUUCAGUGAGUGUGAGGUUCAACAUAGAGAUAUCGAUAAAAUCUUCGAAUGGAUGAAGCAGACCGUGUGCCACAGCUAUCUCAAGACUUGUGUGUAUGUGACACGCAGUUGGAAGGAAGCGUACAAUAAUUUGAAAGCACAAGUUGGUCAAGGAUCGCGGGAAAUUCAGCAACAUAUACAAGAUGACUAUAAUCAGCAUAUGAAACCUUUCAGAGGCACUCCGCGAGAUCCGGAGACCUGGAUAGUCAAGUGGGAAGAAAUUAUGCUUCAAGGAAGUAAGAAAUUCAUGUUCUUUACCCAAGAUACAGAGGAUUGGGCAUCUCAGUUUCUCAGGACUAUUCGACCACUAGAUGAGGUGUGGGUAAUGUCUUUUGAGCACUCAAUCAAUCCAAAGAUUGAUGACGGAUCUCUUACCUAUAAGGAUCUAUCAAACAGUUUCCGGAGACCCAUCCCACAACUCUAUAUAAAACAAUAA